ACUUUUCAAUAUUUGAUGUGUAUUCAAUAUGGUUAUCUCUUUCUGCAGAUUCCCAUGGAAUUGGAUCUUUCGUCUUUCUCAUCGAUCAGAGAUUUUGCCAAUGAGGCGCUAAAGAAGUUUCCUCAAAUUCAUGUGCUGAUCAACAACGCCGGGGUAUACGCGCCUCUCAAAGAUCACGCGUUGACGAAAGACGGGUUCGAGAUUCAUUUUGGAGUUAAUCACUUGGGCCACUUUCUGCUCACCCAUUUGCUUCUGGAUCGCCUGAAGGAAAGCGCUCCCAGCAGAAUAGUGGUGGUGACGUCCAAGCUUCUGGAAUCUGGAGUAAUAGACUUUUCAAACUUGAACGGCGAGAAAGGAUUGCCGGUGAAGAGCAGGAUGAACCCUGGCUAUUGCAAUUCGAAACUCGCGAACGCGUACUUUGCCGCCGAGCUUGCGAAACGGACGGAAAAUACCGGUAUCAAUGUUUACAUGGUGUGUCCCGGAUUUACCUAUACCGGUCUGUUCAGGAACGUGAAAAGAAGCUGGUUUCACUAUAUCAUUUUCUCGCCUGUGGCUCUUAUGUUUCUGCGCACUCCAAAUCAGGGUGCGCAAACGGUAUUGCAUUGUGCGACAGAAUCGUCGUUGUCCGAGGAAAGCGGACAUUUGUAUCGCGACUGCAAGCUCUACGUCUCUAAAAAGGAUCUGGACCCGGAGGUAGCGUUCCGUUUGUGGGACGUAAGCGCGAAAUUGACUGGCACAAAGGAGAUCAUGAAAUAAAUGACUUUAGGAUACGCGCGCAUGUUGUACACGUACAAUCGCUCAGCAAAAAUGCUGUUUUGUUCCGGAGUAGCGAAGAAUUGCACUUGCAUCGAGUUCCUCUCCCUCCUUCAGUGACUGAUCGGUUAAUUUUACCAAAGGCGAAAACGCAGCUUUUAAAGGAGACAGCUCUCGACACAGAUGCGGUUCUAUUCGCUACGUGUGAAUCGAAGAGCGCUUUUGCUCUUUAUCAUCAACAUUGCAAUUUCACCUUUAUCGUAUUCCAAAUAAUUAUUCAUUUAUUUUUAUAUAUAUAUAGCGAAUAGGAGCUAGACACUGUCAAUGUGGCACACUCUUAUUUCCAUUUUUAUGUAUUUAAAGUCAUAGCGAAUUAAUUUUAUAUAUAUAAUAUAUAUAUCUAUAUUUUAAGGCAAGAUAUAUCUUCUAUUUCGGUGUGUAUGUAUAUAUUUAUCUUUAUAUAUUAGAUACCUCCAAUUCUCUAAAGUCUAUAAAUCCUACAAAUUCUACAAUCCUAUAAAUUCUACAAAUCCUUUACAAGUGCGGCCUUCUGUUCAUUUCGCGUUGAACAGUCCGAUGUAAAGUAUCAAUUCUCGCAGCUGAGCAUAGAGAAAAUGUAUGUAUUUAGAAUAAAAUUCAAUAUAGACAGCCUUUAAAAUCCUUAAAUUUUAUCAAAUAAUUAUGCGCUAAUUAUCGUAAGACGUAAUAAACAUCGGCUAAAGUUAA